GCUGCAUGUCAUUUCUGCUCCGCUUUGCUACCUGCAGCGUGUUUUGUUUGUCUGUCUGCCGUCAUAACCUCUGGGACCGCUGGCUGGAGUCAAGCACGGGACGUCUGCCAUCCUCUGCCGCUCAUGAGGGCUCCGGUAGCCACCGAGAGGAACCGGCGCGGGGUCUGUGGAGUCUAUACCUGCUGGAGGAGAAUCUGACUAGGCAUUAUUUUUUGCCCGGUGAUAGAGGCAGAAGCAGCGGCGCUUCUUUCUCCCCUCCCUUCCCUGCUCCUCUGUUGCCCUCCACGGCCGCCGCAGUCCACCGACCAUGGCCCUGGUGACUCUGCAGCGAUCCCCCACCCCUAGUGCGGCAUCCUCGGCCAGCAGCAGCGCGGGGGAGGAUUUUGGAAGUGAUGAUGACAGGAAAAAUAAUCAGAGCAUCAGUGAGAGUUUCUUUAUGGUCAAAGGAGCUGCCCUGUUUCUCCAGCAAGGUGGCAACACAGAGGAACCAAAGACACCGACGCAUCACAAACAUGCAGGUGAUUUACCUCAACAUCUGCAGGUGAUGUUCAAGAUCCUACGGUCUGAGGAUCGCAUCAAGCUGGCGGUUCGCUUAGAAAGCGGAUGGUCGGAGAGAGUGCGUUACAUGAUUGUCAUUUACACCAAUGGCCAUCAAGAUACAGAAGAAAACAUUGUUUUGGGAAUGGACUUUACUGAUAAGAACAGUAAAAACUGCUCCAUUGGGAUGGUUCUGCCUCUGUGGAGUGAUACCAACAUUCAUCUAGAUGGAGAUGGAGGCUUCAGUGUGAACACAGCAGGGCGGUCACAUGUCUUCAAGCCUGUUUCUGUGCAGGCAAUGUGGUCUGCCCUGCAGGUCCUCCAUAAGGCCUGUGAGGUUUCCCGCCGGUUCAACUACUUCCCUGGUGGCAUUGCUCUUACAUGGAUGGCCUUUUAUGAGAGCUGCAUCACCUCAGAGCAAAGCUUCAUCAAUGAGUGGAAUGCCAUGACUGACCUGGAGAGCACCAGGUCUGACUCUCCCAACAUGUUCGUCGACGGGCCAACUGAGCGAGAAAGAACCGAGUGUCUUAUCAAGGCCAAACUUCGCAACAUCAUGAUGUUUCAAGAUCUUGAGAACAUCACCUCAAAGGAGAUCCGUAAUGAGCUGGAGCAGCACAUGAGCUGUAACCUCAAAGAAUACAAGGAGUUCAUCGACAACGAGAUGCUCCUGAUCUUGGGUCAGAUGGAUAAGGCCACUCCUAUAUUUGACCACGUUUAUUUGGGCUCUGAGUGGAAUGCCUCCAACCUCGAAGAGCUGCAAAACUGCGGGGUUGGUUACAUUCUAAAUGUUACCAGAGAGAUUGACAACUUCUUCCCUGGGAUGUUCUCUUAUCACAACGUCCGCGUGUACGACGAGGAUGCCACCGACCUGCUGGCCCACUGGAACGAUACCUACAACUUUAUUGUCAAAGCCAAGAAGAAUAAUUCAAAGUGCCUGGUGCACUGUAAGAUGGGCGUGAGCCGCUCUGCCUCCACAGUUAUCGCCUACGCCAUGAAGGAAUACGGCUGGUCACUGGAGAAAGCCUACAACUAUAUCAAGCAGAAGAGGAGCAUAGCUCAGCCAAAUGCUGGUUUCAUGCGGCAGCUGGCCGAAUAUGAAGGAAUCCUUGAUGCCAGUAAACAGCGUCACAACAAGCUGUGGAGGCCUGACACAGAUGAGGAAGGAUCAGAUUAUCUGCAAGCAUCGGGUCACAGUACAGGUGGAGAGGAGACUCCGGUGCUCGGAGGGGAAGAGGCCUGGGGAGGCUGCGGGGCGUCUCCAUGCAGGGGUCUGGAGAUGGAACCCUUAGACUCUCUGAAUUAUAACUACUAUUUCAGACGUUUAUCAGAUUCUGCUCUUGACAGCGAGCCCUCCACCCCAGUGAGGGGACCUCCUCUUUUAGGCAUGGAGAGGGUUUUCAUCGAAAUAGAGGACGUGGAGCGAGACGCUCUGCUAGAGGACGAGGGCUUCCCCAUGGCCAACCUUACUCUGCCCGGAGAGGGCACGGCCGCUCAGACAUGCGGACGCGUCGACCCAAUGGAAGACAUGAGACUGAGGCUGGAGUUCAGCACUCUUGAGGAGGAGGAUGAGGAAGAGGCCAAGAAAGAGGAAGAAGAGAUGGCAGCCUUGGCUCAAACACCCGGGAGUUCCGAUGGAUGGAGGACAGGAGAGGAGGCUGAGGGGAGCGAGGAGAGCCAGUUGGGUUUGGCCAACCUGAACACAAACAACAGCAACCGCCUGGCUGCAAAACGCAGCUGUCCUGCAGCUUUUGAUGACAGCGCCAGCACAGGGAACCCAUUAAAAGUGAAGCCUUCCUAUCAGUCCUGUAAAGACUGCAUGCGUCUUCCACAAGGGCGGCGCUGCGACCGUCCAGCAGGGGGCCGUUCCCACCGCCUUAACCCCUCCCGCCACUGCACCGUCCCCUCCAUAUGCAUAGAUCCUCCAGGAACACACUUUACAUCAACCCCCAAAGUCAUUCCUUCUAACUUGGUCCAACCCUGCACUCAUUUCUACCAAUGCUCUAGCUGCACGCUUGGUGACACGACGCCCCCUGAAGCCGACCACCAAAAAGUUUUCUCUCCUAAGAACUGUGAGGAAACUCCUCCAGACUGCAGCUCGGCAGAGGAUAUGGAAGAACCGCAGAACGCGGAUCAGACAGACGAGGUUACGAGGCAGAAUAACGAUGCCAUCGAAGUGACUGAAGCUGACGGAUUGAAAUUUUGUGCUGAAAUUGCAAGCUUCCAGUAAGGCCUCAGACUGAUGCAUCCAUGAAGGAGCUGGCUUAGCACUGCCUCGGCUGUGAUGCUGUGGUGAUGCAGCGGCCUCUGCUGUACCAUCCUUGCCUCGUAGCUUCAUAAACUAAAGCUGUACAGAGAGCACCCUGCUAUAGAAGCUGGCCUUUUUCAAAACAUGCUUGGAUUGGCCUGAGUAAGGAGAGAGACCUCCUGAUCACCUGUCCAAGAAGCUCGUAUGAACCCUGUAAACGUUCCAGUCCCACCACACAUUUCAGUGAUGAUGCUGCCGUCUUAUCUUCAACACAGGUUGUCAGAUCUAUUUUUUUUUUAAGCACCAGGCACAACACAACUGGCUUUCGUCAGCAUGCUCUAUGGUUUCAAUCAUAUUCAAAGUAUUCAGUAUUUAUUAGUGACCUUGAUACAAUAUUUAAAAUUUAUCUCAUCAUGUUACCGUCUUAUCUAACUUCACCUAUACUGUGGCUACGGCAGCUGCUUUUUGCUUUGUGCGUGAAAUCACAAUCAUUUCACUAAAUUUAAAAAGAUAUAAUCAUAUCAGUCUUUUAACUUCAAGUAUUUCAGACUGUUUUGGUGAAGGACUGUUUUGUUCCCAUUGUGCUUCUCUUAUUCAGCUUCACCUCCUCUGUUAAAAUUAAUUAAGUCUUCUACUCUAGAGACACAGUUUAGCCCACAUGUAGGCAUGCAAAAAAUAUUUAAAGUUUUCAUCACAUUCAACAUUUUCUGCUGAACUAAAAAGUGUUUGGAUUUAUAUUGUACCUUGAUUGGUCAAAGCAUGUAGUAACAGCUAAAAGCACAUUGAUUUAAAGUUGAAAUCUGUCAUUUUUCGGAAAAAAAAAAUUGUGAUUAAACUGCAGUUCCAUUUUAACUGAGCUAUAAAUUGCUCUCGACCUCCAAUCCCUCGCUUCUUGUGUGUGUUUCUACUGUUGGAUGUAAAACUGUGCUGUUACGUCAGUAAUGUCACCUGAGAGGGUAUUUUCCAUCUAAAGAAAAGAGUAGACCCCUGAAAUCUACCCUGCAUCCUGGAAAGGGCUGGUGUUCAGAGUUGUCACAAUUUGAUGACAACCCGGCCAUGGCGGCCUCUGGCCAAGGCUUAAACCUCAUCACACCCCCACUUUUCCUCCAAAUACCAUAACCUACAGUAUUUCAAGGCAAGGGGCAGUAUGCUCGUCUUCAAAACGAGCAAAGACUGCUAUGGAGACUGAGGGAAGUUUUAAGAUCAUCAGGGUAAACUUCAACAGCAAUCAGCAGUUUAUUGAUUAGGAAAGCAGAGCACCUAAAUUAUUUGGUGCAUAAUUUUAACACCAGUCGCAGCACACUGUAUGAAAAUAUCUGCGGCUUUAGAGCCUUGGUGUAAUAACUGUGCUGUUUGAUACUCCACAGUAGGACUGAAAGUGAGGAUUAAGGUGCAGAAACCUCUUUUUUUAAUUAUAUUUAUAUCAGGAAAACUGAAUGCUGUGAAGAAAUGUCUUCGACCUUCACACUAUAAGGGUUUCCGAAUUUAAGAAAAGAUUUAGCCUUAUUUCAAGUCAUGGUGACUUUAGAAGUCAUGGGGUGAUCAAAAUCUUAUGUUAAAAGGGCUUAAGAAGGUUAGUCCUGCUGGCUUUCUCAAGCCUGUAAAGUUUUGUGCAUCGACCAGGCAUAGAAAUAGUGCUAUUUGAUUUGGUCAGUAAUAUUUUUGUUUUUGGAAAAAUAUAGCUACAGAAUAUUUAAUCUAAAGACAUUUUGAUAAUAAUCAUCCGUUUUGUAAAGAAGGUGAAACUCUAGCAAAAGUUGGAAAAUAUUCCAUAUUUCUGUUAACUAUUAAUGUUCCAGACUGUGAAUGGUGUAUGGAACAUGCAGUUUUUGACAAAUCUGAUUUGUUCAAAUAUUUUUGCCCGCUUUUUAUUUAAAAAAAUAAAUAAACUAUUUUACAUGGGCAUCUAGCCCAAAUCGUCCAAUUUUUGUCCAAUUUAUCGGAAGUUGAGCCAUGAUUCGUUCCUCUUCAGGUUUGUGCUGUGUAGCUGAUGAUGAGUUCUGCUUGUUUAGGGCUAAGGCUGAAUGAUGCCUGUUUGUGUGCAGAAAAAGCAUGUUAGUUAUAUUGUUCUGACUGUUCUGAGCACUUUAGGCAAAAAGAAGAGCUGGAAAAAAUAUUGAUGGUAUUUACCUUUUCUGUAUUACUUUAAAUAUUUUUAUAUGUCUUAAAAAUCAUCCAGUGUUUUGUAACUGAUUCUGAGGGAGCUGCAAGUUUGUUCAGGUUAGGUUACUUUGGGUUUCUCUCAAGCUGUUGUGUUCCUUGCACUGACUGAGCAUUGUCUAAGUAUUUUUUUGCAUAAAACAAUGCCACACAUUUGAGAGUCCAAUCCUAAAGAGAACAUAUUAUGGAGUUGAAUGUUUGCAAGCAGUUGUUUCUGAUUAGUUCUUGUUAGCAUUGACAAAAUCCUUUAGUUUAUUUUAGAGCCACAAGAUCCAAACAUGUUUGUUGGGAUCUUAUGACAUCUAGUGGUGAAGCAGGAAACUGCAGCUUCAAAACAUUUACCUAGUAUGGCAGUUUGGGCUGCCAUUCCUUUUCACAUAUUUGACUAAAUUAUAUAUUAUACAUCUUAACUGUACCAUGCUGUGAUGUUUUACUCUAGCAAACCAUUAGCUAGUUGUAGCAUAAUCUUUUUUUUUAUAUUAUACAGUUGCCCAAUUUUAGUCCAUAUAGUUCCACUGUGAUAUUAAAGAAUCCUGGAUAUAUUAUUUUGCUUAAAUCCCAAACAUGUGCCUGCAUGAGA